AUGCGCCUCACCAGCCUCUUCUCCGUUGCUCUUGCAGCUACCACUGCCUUGGCUUUUCCAUACACUAAGUCCGCAACUCGCGAUUCAAACACGACCGUGGGUCCAGAAAAUGGCCACCUCGUAAUCGUCGGUGGCAAUCUCAAGAGCGAAGCCAUCUAUCAGCGCAUUAUAUCCCUUGCCGGCGGGUACAACGCCUCCAUCGUUGUCGUCCCUACUGCAGGUGGCGAGGCAUCCUACGACCAGAACUUCUCCACCGCAAUUACCUUCCGCGAACUUGGCGCCACCAAUGUAACCGUCUUGCAUACCUACGACCCCGCUGUUGCCGACACAGAUGACUUCGUUGCGCCGCUCAAGAGUGCCAACGCUAUCUUCUUCGGCGGAGGCCGGCAGUGGAGACUCGUUGAUGCAUACGCCGGGACGAAGACCGAAACAGCGUUUAACGAAGUCCUCGGUCGUGGAGGCGUGAUCAGUGGAUCUUCCGCAGGCGCUUCUAUCAUCGGGUCUUUCCUCGCUCGCGGCGAUACGUCUGGAAAUGACAUCCUGGUCGGCGACCAUACCGUUGGCUUCGGAUACCUCAAGAACGCUGCUAUUGACCAGCAUGUCCUUGUUAGGAACAGGCAUUUCGAUAUGUUCCAGAUUCUGGAGGUGCAGCCUGAGCUGUUGGGUAUUGCAAUCGAUGAAGACACGGCUGUGGUUGUGCAUGGGAACGACGCAGAGAUUGUUGGGAGUACGUAUGCAUUGAUUUAUGAUGGGGGUUUUUGGUCGAGGGAUGGGAGUGGGGGGAAGUAUGAUCUUCCGGAGAAGAAGUUUUACUUUUUGAAGGCUGGGGACAAAUAUGAUUUGGGAGCGAGGAAGGUUGUUGAGACGGAGGCGACUGGAGGGGAUGAACUUUGA